CGUCAUCAGGCAUCUGCCGAUCAUCCCUGGGGCCUUAACUCCUCCCAGCUAGCCUCACCGUCCCCAACCAGAGUCCAAAACUCGUAGACGCGCGGGCAGCGCGAAGGCGGGCGGUGAUCCGGCCUGAUCAACCGAGAGCGGAGAAGAUGGACCACGCGGCGGAGGCGCAGCGGACGGACCUGAUGACGAUCACGCGGCACGUGCUCAACGAGCAGAGCCGCCACCCGGAGUCCCGCGGCGACUUCACCAUCCUCCUCUCCCACAUCGUCCUCGGCUGCAAGUUCGUCGCAUCGGCGGUCAACAAGGCAGGGCUCGCCAAGCUCAUCGGCCUCGCCGGGGAGACAAACGUCCAGGGUGAGGAGCAGAAGAAGCUUGAUGUGCUCUCCAACGAAGUCUUUGUCAAGGCGCUCGUCAGCAGCGGCCGCACCUGCGUUCUUGUAUCUGAAGAGAACGAGGAGGCCAUAUUCGUCGACCCGGCACUCCGUGGAAAGUACUGCGUUUGUUUCGAUCCACUGGAUGGUUCCUCCAAUAUUGACUGUGGUGUCUCCAUCGGAACAAUCUUUGGGAUUUACAUGAUCAAAGAUAAAGACAAUGUGACUUUGGAUGAUGUGAUACAACCUGGAACAAACAUGCUUGCUGCUGGCUACUGCAUGUAUGGGAGUUCCUGCACGCUUGUGUUGAGCACUGGGAAUGGAGUCAACGGUUUCACUCUUGAUCCUUCCCUUGGGGAGUUCAUACUGACUCAUCCGAAUAUCAAGAUACCCAAGAAAGGGAAGAUCUAUUCUGUCAAUGAAGGGAAUGCCAAAAACUGGGAUGCGCCGACAGCAAAGUAUGUGGAGAAAUGCAAGUUUCCCCAGGAUGGUUCGUCGCCUAAAUCAUUGAGAUAUAUUGGAAGUAUGGUUGCUGAUGUCCACCGUACCUUGCUAUAUGGAGGCAUAUUUUUGUACCCAGCUGACCAGAAGAGCCCAAAUGGAAAACUCCGUGUUCUGUAUGAAGUCUUCCCAAUGUCAUUCCUGAUGGAACAAGCUGGAGGUCAGGCUUUCACAGGCAAACAACGGGCCCUUGAACUUGCUCCUACUAAGCUUCAUGAGAGAUCCCCAAUAUUCCUGGGGAGCUACGAUGAUGUUGAGGAGAUCAAAGCAUUGUACGCUUCAGAGUCAAGCACCGUUUGAUUGUCCUCCUGACUUCCUGAGUGUAUCAUUCUCCGGAGGGGGACACUGUAACUGUAUUGAUCAGAUAUUUAUGUUCUGAUCUUGCCUUCCUGGCCUCAAUGUAAAAUAUUCACACUAUACAGACACAGUACAACUCAAUAAGCUAUCAAGGCUUAUGUUUCAUACUCAUUUUACUUGCUAUCGUGAUUCCUUAAUAAAAUUUGGAUUCAAAACAUAUGAA